AUGGAAAACCCUCAGGACUUCACUCAGUAUAGGCCCAUAAGUUUGUGCAACUUUGCAAACAAGAUCUUCUUAAAGCUUAUGUCGGUGAGGCUAGCUAAGAUAUUACCCCGGAUCAUAUCUCCACAACGGAGUGGCUUAGUGCAAGGGAGACAGAUUGUGGAUAAUUUUUUGCUAGCUCAGGAAUUACUCACAGACAUCAAGAAGGCAAACCAGGGGGGUAACGUGCUGAUCAAGUUAGAUAUGAUGAAAGCCUACGACAGACUUUUGGUAUUGGUUAAUGGUGCUCUGCACGGAUUUUUCAAGUCCUCGCGAGGUUUAUGUCAAGGGGAUCCAAUAUCACCGUCUUUAUUUGUUAUUGGAGCGGAGGUGUUAUUCAAAUCACUAAAUGCUUUAGCGACACAGAGGCGAUUUACCCCGUUUAAGGUACCCGCUCGAUGUCCAAUAGUCUCACACCUUGCAUAUGCAGAUGAUGUGAUAAUUUUUUCUAGUGGGGUGACUUCUUCACUCAGAUUGAUUAAUGGAGCGCUGAAGAGAUAUUGUAUGGUAUCUAGCCAGCAGGUCAAUCGACAAAAAAGCGGGUUCUUGGUUUCUCCUGGGUUACCGUCACAACGAGCAGCUUUGAUUGGACAAGUAAUUGGAUUCCAAAGGCGGGUUUUCCCGAUACGAUAUCUGGGCUGCCCUUUGUAUGUUGGAAGGCGGAAGAAGGUCUUUUUUGCAGAUAUGUAUAAUACAGUAGCGGCUCGCAUAUUGUCAUGGAAUAACCGGAUUCUGUCAUCUAGGGGUAGAGUGGUAUUGAUUAAAAGUGUAUUAUCUUCCAUGCCAAUACACUUACUAGCAGCUUCCUCUCCCCCGAAAGGGGUAUUUGGGGUUUUGGAGAAGUUAUUUGCAAACUUCUUGUGGGGGUCUUCUGACGUUGGCCCAAAGUUCCAUUGGAUACGAUGGAAGCAGUUGUGUCGGCAACAAGAUGAGGGUGGUAUCGGCCUGCGAGGUCUUAAGGAGGUCUAUGAUUCAUUCUUGAUUAAGCUAUGGUGGAAAUUUAGGCAACAACAAUCUUUAUGGGCGGAGUUUAUGUCGAGAAAAUAUUGUGCAGAUACCAUACGCCAAGUUCUGGGGAUAAUACCCCCGUCUUGUCGAGGAACUGAUAAAAUGGUCUGGUCUUUGACUAGUAACGGCACCUUCUCUACAUCUUCGGCCUAUUCACUUGUCCAACGAGCUACCAACAGAUCAUGGCUUACUUCAUUUGUCUGGCAGAAGUCACUUCCAGAAAAUCUAGGAGUGAGUGGGGGUGGUGGCCUUGUGCGCGAUCGGUACGGUAACUUCUUGUUUGGGUUUGCGGAACCCUUUGGGGAAAUGACGUGUUUGCAGGCUGAGCUUAAAGCAAUGAUAAUUGGUGUUAGACUUGUGCAUUUCUCAUGGAUACUUGGAGUUGCACCUACAAGCUGA